AUGGGUAAUGCAAGCAGGUGGUUUAAACAUAUUACGAGGAUGGCUGAUGCAAAUAAUGUGAGAAAACGGAAAUCAGAUUCCAGUGAAGUUAAGAAGCCCCAACCUAAGCAGGGUCAAACUUCAGGAGGUAAAUCUAAGACCAGGUUUACUCCAGAGCAGCUAUUGACUUUGAAUAAGAUUUUUGAGGAAAGGAAGUAUAUUGAUGAAAAGGAGAGGCAGGAACUUGCUGAGAACUUCAAUGUUGCUGAAAAAUCAAUCCACAAUUGGUUUCAAAAUGCAAGAACACGUUGGAAGAAGGCAGUGUUUGUAGAGCAGAGUUGA